CAAGGUUAAAAAAUGGCUUCCGUGAAGUUAAACCAGGUCAAUCUCUGUUCCUUAUACCAUUCCAUUUUGUGUAAAGGGAAAGUGGGAUGCUCUUUAUUUGCUCAGAAAUAAAAGGGAAAGUUUUCUGAGAGCUGAAAACUACUGGGUCUUGUUAAUGGCUACUUCUCUUCUCAUUGCUUUCAUCAUCUUCUUCGUUGCUCAAGCCUGUGCCGAGCGCCCUGAUGAACCCACAAUGUCAGCUUUAAAGGAAGAGCUCUCAGUCCCUGAAUGGAGCUCCCCUAACUCAAACUACUGCUCAUGGCGAGGUGUCACUUGCAACCAAUCAACCCAGUUAGUUGAAAAGCUUGAGCUCUUAAGGCUGGGGCUCAGAGCCCUCUUACGAAUGAAUUGGAGAAGAAGCAGAAGGAAGAGGAGAAGAGACUCAAAGAAGAGGAGAAGAAAAAGAAGAUUUGUGUUCUAAUCAGUCAUCAUCCCAAAGCACCUGACCUCCGCCCAAACCCCCUCAUCGUCCUCCACUCCUCCCAGACCUGCUCGUGAAGUUGAAAAAAAUUGAGUUUUGAAACUUCACAAGAGUUCAA